UUUCUUCAGAGAAAAUUACUCAUGUAAGUCACAGGGCGGUGAGCGGAGGGACUCGGCAUCCCAUGGCAGGGAAAGCAUUUAGGAAGUUUCUUCCCCUGUUAGACCGUGUUUUGGUUGAAAGAUGUGCGGCUGAGACUGUAACCAAAGGAGGCAUCAUGCUUCCAGAAAAAUCUCAAGGAAAAGUGCUACAAGAAGUAGUGGCAGUUGGAUUGGGAUCCAAAGGAAAGAGUGGAGAGAUUCAGCCAGUUAGUGUUAAAGUUGGUGAGAAGAUUCUGCUACCAGAAUAUGAUACUAAAGUAGUACUGGAAGACAAGGAGUAUUACUUAUUUAGAGAUGGUGACAUUCUUGGAAAGUAUGUGGACUAAAUUUCUCAAAUGGCUGCAGUAUCAUGAAGUUGUCCAUUCCACUAAAAUGCUGAAAUCUUCUUCCAUCAUGUAGAUAAUUUCCUGUUCUUUAUUUUAUAAUAAACAGAUAACCAGU